AUGGUACUUGCCCGCGUGGCCAACUUCUUCACAAACGGAGACUCUACCACCGACCUGACCGACGGUAGCCGGAGAAAUGUCGCAAACACAGUACAAGCAGUCGAACUUCGCAUGGAGGAUACCAAGUGGGGAGCAAUGGAGGAGGAGGUAGACGAGGAAGCUGCGCGGCCGCCGUACCUACAUGCAAUGCUGGCAGGAGGAAUAGGAGGGACCACUGGUGACAUGUUGAUGCAUUCGCUGGACACUGUCAAAACACGACAACAAGGCGACCCGCACAUGCCUCCGAAAUACACGUCAAUGGGCAACACAUACUACACCAUAUGGCGGCAAGAAGGCUUCCGGAAAGGCUUAUACGGAGGAGUACAGCCAGCGUUCCUCGGGUCUUUUGCAGGCACAGUGUGCUUCUUUGGAGCUUAUGAAUGGACCAAGCGGACCAUGCUUGAUUAUGGAGUUGCGCCCUCUGUCGCAUACUUCUCAGCCGGCCUUCUGGCCGACCUCGCCGCUGCGCCCGCAUACGUUCCAUCUGAAGUCCUCAAGACCCGCCUGCAAUUACAGGGCCGCUACAAUAACCCUUACUUUAACUCGGGAUAUAAUUACCGUUCCACUAUGGACGCUGCUCGAACAAUAGUAAGGACCGAAGGUUAUAGCGCCCUCUUCCACGGCUACAAGGCGACACUUUGGCGUGACCUGCCUUUCUCGGCAUUACAGUUUGCAUUCUACGAAGAGGAGCGGGGUUGGGCGAAGAAAUACAUUGGCUCAAACAACAUCGGCCUGCCGCUGGAGAUUGCAACGGCAGCGACUGCGGGCGGCAUGGCAGGUGUCAUAACAACACCACUCGACGUAGUCAAGACGCGCAUCCAGACACAACACAACGGCCCAUCUCCUGCAUGUCCCAUUGCGCCGAAAGCCUCACUGUCGCCCGCCGCGGCCUCGAAACACUCAAUCUCAUCGCAAACGACCAAGCCAUCAUCAACCCAAAGUCGACCAAUAUCCACCUCCUCCCCUUCAACAACACUGAAAGCCCACGGCGCCGCGACCCUCGAUACCUCAUCCGUCAUGACCGGCUUGAAGAUAAUAUACAAAACAGAAGGGAUCGCUGGAUGGUUUAGAGGCGUUGGACCGCGUGCGGUCUGGACAAGUGUACAGUCGGGGACCAUGUUGGUACUUUACCAAACGCUGUUGCGGUAUUUCGAGCAACAUCCCUUGUCGGGGUCUGAAGAUGUAUAA